CUGAAGCCAGGGGAGGAAGCGUGUGUGCCGCUGCUGCUCUGCGGGGUCGUUUCUCUACAAAAUACGUAAAAAUUCACGAUUAAAAAAUUCCGAUCGACGCUGGUUCAGUAACAAUGACUGAAGUCGACAACAAAAGCGCAAAUAUGCUGGCUCAGGAAACGGCCCAGCUGGAGGAGCAGCUGCAGGGCUGGGGUGAAGUGAUCCUAGCUGGGGAUCGCGUCCUGCGCUGGGAGAAGCCAUGGUUCCCUGGGGCCCUGAUGGGUGCUACCACCGUGCUCUUCCUGCUGAUUUACUACCUGGACCCAUCAGUACUGACUGGGCUCUCCUGUUCUGUCAUGUUGCUCUGCCUGGCUGACUACCUGGUGCCCACCCUUGCACCCAGAGUCUUUGGAUCCAAUAAGUGGACCACUGAACAGCAGCAGCGUUUCCAUGAGAUUUGCGGUAACCUGGUGAAGACCCAGCGUCGGGUCGUGGGUUGGUGGAAGCGUCUCUGUGCCCUCAAGGAGGAGAAGCCCAAAAUGUACUUUGCCUCAGUGAUCAGCAGCCUGCUGGCAGUGGCCUGGAUCGGACAGCAGGUGCACAACCUGUUCCUCACCUACCUGAUUGUGAGCUUCCUGCUCCUCCUGCCCGGCCUGAACCAGCACGGCAUCAUCUCAAAGUAUGCCGGCAUGGCCAAGAGGGAGAUCAACAAACUGCUCAAACAGAAGGAGAAGAAGAAUGAGUAGAUGGAAGUGUGGGGGCGAAUAGGGGAGUCUCUGAAAGAUGAACCGCACCACAAAAUGGAAGGUGGAAGGAAGUUGUUUUAAGAAAGGAUGGAGAUCAAAAACAAAAGAGCCUCCUCAGUCUCUGCCACAGAGCAAGAUACACAUUUGUUUUUGUUUUUGUUUUUUUCUUCACACGUUGAAUAAGUUUAAUUUCUCCCCACCACUUGACAUUUCAUCAUCACCCAUUCGAUUUUUUUUUUAUUUUAUUGUUUUUAUUUAUCUGCCAUGCAUGCAGUCUCCACAUGAAGGUUAUGUGAUAUUGUCACUAAGUUCAUACACAACACUGAAACAUUCAGCAACACGUGCACACAACCCUCCCUCCAUCAUGUACACCAAGUUAAAAUCCUCCUUCUGUUUCUUAGUUUAAGUGUGCUACGUUUUAAGAUGUCAGUAAUGCUUUUAAGCCAUUCCCUCUACUUAGACAAAGUGACUACUGAGCAGUUUUUGUAGCAUUACUGCAUCAUUAUCAACCUCUCAGAUUCCUCACAGUAAGGACUUUUGUGUUACAUGAGAACAGGUCAUGAAAAUUUUUUUUUUUUUUUUUUUGCUUAUUUCUGCCUUGGUUGUAUCGAAAAACGGCACUGAAAACAAAACUGGAUUUUAAAGCAGAGCUCAUCAGGAGUGAAACUGUUUCUAGUUCCAAGCCUACUGCUGUACCGCUGCUAGUUGGACUCUGUGGUCUAUUAGCUCUUAUAUAAAAACCCUAUGUGUUACAGGCGUGGGGUGUCUCUGUGUAAAUAGGCCUGUCCCUCACAAUCUUUUUGUCUGUUAUUUAUAUGUUCUUUCCUCUACAGUCUCCUUAUUUCUGGUCUGUCUUUCAGCUCAUGUCAUUAAUUGUCUUUACUGGAGAUCUUUACGAAAAUGAAUAAAAUUUGAUUUAAAUGAAUUUCCA